AUUAAAUUUAGAAUCUCAGAGUUCAUUUAUCGAUGGGUUUUUAGUUUCUGCCAUUUUGUGAGUAAGAAUAGGAAGUACGUUUAAUUGAUUAAAGCAUUGCGUAUUUUAACUAAUAUUGUUUCUUAUUGACGAACGAUGUCUGAUAAUAUUAAAUCUUUUUUAAACGAGUGGUCUCAAAAAAAUAAAAAAGAACUGCAUUAUGAGGUUAGACCCACCGGUACCAAAAAUCGUCAACGAUUUUUGUGUGAAGUCCGCAUAGAUGGUUACAAUUAUGUAGGUGCUGGAAAUUCUACAAAUAAGAAAGAUGCCCAGAGCAAUGCUGCAAAAGAUUUUGUAUCAUAUCUAGUCCGACAAGGCUUUGUAAACAAAAAUGAUGUUCCAGUAGAUAUUGAUGCAGCACCUGCACCAGUAAUUCACCAUGGCCUACAAGAGAAACUUCUAGGAGGAUCUCAGCAUCAAGUUUUUGAACAAGGUGCAGGUCCAGCUUCUUAUGGUGAAGCUUAUCGCCCUCGAGGGCAUGAAGAUGGCAAUUGGCAUUAUAUGGAUCGAGCACAAGAACAAAAAAAGUUGGAAGAAGCCGAGGAUCUUGAUGUCAAUGCACAAAUUCAUGGAAAUUGGACUGUAGAAAAUGCUAAAUCGAAAUUACAUCAGUUCAUGCAGACAAAUAAGAUUCAUGCUGACUACAAAUAUACCCAAAUUGGACCUGAUCAUGCUAGAACGUUUGUAGCAGAAUUGAGUUUCUAUGUGAAACAACUUGGUAGAUCAAUUCACGGUCGAGAUUCGGGAUCUAAUAAACAGACUGCAAGUAAAAGUUGCGCUCUAUCUGUUGUUCGGCAGCUUUUCCAUUUAGGAGUUAUCGAAGCUUUUUCAGGUACAUUGAAGAAAGAGAAAAAAUCCGCCACGGAAAUGCCUCCGUUCCAAGUGAGAAUAUCUCCUCAUUUGAAAAAACAAAUACAAGAUUGUCUAAACGAGUUGAAUGUUACCCCUACUCCGUUAAAACCAGUUGUAAAAGAUGAAAACGGAGAAGUUCAACCAAUUUCUUUAUUAAGUAGUCACGUGUUAGAUGAUUUCCAACCUGCUAAACCGACAGAAGCGGGAGUUGUCACUUGGUCACCUCCUCAACCCAAUUGGAAUUGUUGGACGGGUUGUAAUAUAGAUGAGGGUUAUUUGGCUACUGCAACACUAGAAGAUUUGAGCGAACAAAUGCUCAAAGAAUGGAGAUCUCGUUUGGAAAAUGAUUCUUCUUUAAUAAAAAGUAUACAGGAUAGACAACAUCUACCAGUAUAUGCUAUGAAAAGUGUAAUUAUGGAAGCUAUUAAUGAACAUCCAGUUAUUAUUAUAAGAGGAAAUACAGGUUGUGGUAAAACCACACAAGUCUGUCAGUUCAUUUUAGAAGAUUAUGUUAUGUCCGGUCAAGGAGCUUGGGCGAAUAUUUGUGUGACACAACCAAGACGUAUAUCGGCAGUUUCUGUAUCUGAGAGAGUAGCAAAUGAAAGAUGCGAAGAUUUAGGACUGUCGAUCGGUUAUUCGGUGCGUUUUGAAUCAUCUUUACCCAAACCAUACGGUUCCGUGAUGUUCUGUACUGUUGGAGUUUUAUUGAAGAAACUCGAGAAUGGGCUUCGGGGAGUUAGCCACGUGAUUGUCGACGAGAUUCAUGAAAGAGAUGUUAACAGCGAUUUUAUAAUGGUCGUAUUGAGAGAUAUGAUCCACACUUAUCCGGAUUUGAGGGUUAUUUUGAUGUCUGCUACCAUUGAUACAACUUUAUUCUCCAAAUAUUUCAAUAAUUGUCCAGUUAUUGAGGUACCGGGAAGAGCAUAUCCCGUAAAACAGUAUUUCUUGGAAGACGCUAUCGAACUAACAAAGUUUGUACCACCAACUGAUACUAAAAAAAGGAAAAACAAAUCUAAAGAUGAUGAGGACGACGAAGGUACCGGGAUCGAAGAUCCAGACGAAAAUUUAAACAAGGUGGUUACUGGGAAUUAUUCAGAAUUAACCAAAAACGUGAUGAGUAGAUUGAAUGAAAAAGAAGUUAGUUUCGAGCUUCUCGAAGCUCUUCUCGAUUAUAUAAAGAGUCAAAACAUUCCUGGAGCGGUUUUAGUAUUUCUUCCUGGAUGGAAUUUGAUAUUCGCGAUGAUGAAACAUCUUCAAACUCAUCCUGUCUACGGAGGACCUCAAUAUUGUAUUUUACCGUUGCAUUCGCAGAUACCGAGAGAAGAUCAAAGAAGAGUUUUCAAUCCCGUUCCUGAUCACGUGACCAAAGUAAUUUUAUCUACAAAUAUUGCCGAAACUUCGAUAACCAUUGACGAUGUAGUUUUUGUUAUUGAUAGUUGCAAAGCUAAAAUGAAGAUGUUUACGUCUCAUAACAACAUGACCAGUUAUGCUACGGUUUGGGCUUCCAGAACCAAUUUAGAACAAAGAAAAGGACGUGCCGGUAGAGUCAGACCAGGUAUUUGUUUCCAUUUAUGCUCUAAAGCGAGGUACGAUAAAUUAGAAGAGCACAUGACGCCAGAAAUGUUUAGAACGCCUUUACACGAAUUGGCAUUGAGUAUAAAACUGUUACGUUUAGGUUCUAUCGGUCAUUUCUUGAGUAAAGCCAUAGAACCUCCUCCUUUGGACGCAGUUAUCGAAGCCGAAGUACUUUUGAAAGAGAUGAAAUGUUUAGAUAGGAACGAUGAAUUAACACCCUUGGGUAGGAUAAUAGCCAAAUUGCCAAUUGAACCAAGAUUAGGAAAAAUGAUGGUUUUGGGAUGUAUAUUUAUGUGUGGUGGACCUCUCGCCACUAUGGCCGCUAAUUCGUCUACAUUUCCGGAAAUAUUCACUUUGGAUAUAGGUCACAGAAGAUUGAGUUUCCAUCAAAAGGCUUUGGCCGGUGACAGACAUUCCGAUCAUGUUGCCAUGUUGACAGCUUUCGAGAUGUGGGAUCACGCAAGACAAGGUGGAGAAGAAGCAGAGCUGAGGUUUUGUGAUUUCAAGGGAAUCAGUAUGCCGACAAUGAGAGUGACAUGGGAAGCCAAACAUCAGUUGCAACAAAUUUUAAAUAACGUAGGUUUCCCCGAAGAAACUUUAGCUCCAUUACCUAUGGAGACUGUUGGUCCAGAUCCGAGACUUGAUGUAGUUAUGUCUUUGAUGUGCUACGGAUUAUACCCGAACGUUUGUUAUCACAAAGAAAAAAGAAAGGUGUUGACAACGGAAAGUAAAGCAGCACUUAUUCACAAGACUUCGGUAAAUUGCAGUAAUCAAGAUCAAGGUUUUCCUUAUCCAUUUUUCGUAUUUGGAGAAAAGAUCCGAACCAGAGCCGUUUCUUGUAAGCAGAUGAGUAUGGUUACGCCGCUUCACCUUUUGUUAUUCGGAUCGAGGAAAGUCGAUUGGGUCGAUAACGUUGUAAGAUUGGAUAAUUGGAUAAAUUUGGAUAUGGAUCCAGAAGUUGCUUCUAUGAUUCUUGCUUUGAGACCAGCUUUAGAAAGUUUAGUGAUUAGAGCGUCUCAAGAACCCGAAUCCAUUUUGGAAAUGGGAGAAAUGGAUUGUAAGGUGGUGUCAACGAUUAAAGAAUUGUGUAAAUUACAUGCUGGUAGUUUUGAAAUAGAAAGAUCUCAAUCUAAUCUUUUAGCAUCUAACAGACCUAACAGAGGACAUACAAUUGGAAAUUACAGUGGACCUCCUCCGAAAUUCUUCCGGGGUGGUUCUGGCAGUCGAGGAGGAAUGGGAGGUGGUUACAAUAAUGGAGGCGGCGGGUAUAGAGGUGGAAGAGGUUACGGCGGCGGUAGUUAUGGAGGAUACAGAGGAGGUGGUGGAUAUGGGGGAAGAGGUGGUUUUGGAGGUAGAGGAGGAGGUGGUUUUGGUGGUAGAGGAGGAGGUGGUUUUGGAGGUAGAGGUGGCGGUUAUGGAAGUAGAGGAGGAUACUAAAUAUUUAGUUUAUUUAUUCGGUUUCAAAAUAUUUAUUGCAUUUGUAUUAGGACUUCUUAGAAGUUAAAAAGUUCUUUUGACUAGAAUAUAUAUGUAUUUACUUAAAAUUGACCAUAAUAAAAGAAAAAUUGGAAAA